AACCAGAGCAGCUGCAACGUGCACAACCACCACCUGUCCGCCACAGUCACCUUCUCCCUCUUCUACACCGCCCUGCUGGUGUUCGGCGCCUGUGGGAACAUCCUGGCCCUCUGCAUCACUUUCCAGCGCAGGAAGAAGAAACUCAACUCCACCGACCUCUACCUGGUGAACCUGGCCCUCUCCGAUGCCCUCUUCACCCUGGCACUGCCGGGCAGGAUCGCCUACUACAUCCUGGAGUUUGACUGGCCCUUUGGGGACUGGUUCUGCCGGGCCACAGCCUUCAUUUUCUACAUGAACACCUAUGUGGGCAUUUACUUCAUGACCUGCGUAAGUGUGGACCGCUACAUCGCCGUGGUGCGCACCAAGCAUCCCGGUAGGAUCCGGAAGAUGAGCCGCGCCAGGGGCGUCUGCGUCCUCAUCUGGUCCUUGGUGUUCCUGCAGACUGUGCCGCUGCUCCUGCGGCCCAUGACGCGGAGGAUGGGGGAGAAGCUGACAUGCAUGGAGUACUUCAACUUCGAGGAAAUUCCCAAGCUGCCCUACCUGCUCCUGGGGGCCUGCGUGCUUGGCUUCUUCCUGCCCGUGGGCAUCAUCUUGGUGUGCUACGUGAGGAUCAACCUCAAGCUCUGCCAGACGGCCAAGGAGAACCCACUGACUGUGAAGAACGGGCACCACCGCCGGGCCUUCACCGUCCUCCUGGUGGUAAGCGGGGCCCCCCGCCGGGCCUUCACCGUCAUCCUGGUGGUGCUGCUGGCCGUCCUGCUCUGCUUCAGCCCUUACCAUCUCAACAUCGUCCAGUUCAUGGUCAGGAAGAUCCUCUACCAGCCAUCUUGCCACGAGCAGCAAGCCUUCAAGAUGUCUCUGCAAGUCACUGUGGCGUUCAUGAACCUCAACUGCUGCAUUGACCCCAUCAUCUACUUCUUCGCCUUCCGGGGCUACAAGCGGAGGCUUCUUCGCAUCUUCAGGAACAGUGGCUCGAUGGCCCCCUCCUCCACUGCCAAGACCCCCUCCGAGAGCAACAGCAACAGCCAGCCCCCUGGCUCCGUCUCUGUCUAG